AUGGAGAGCUCAAAAAUUAUGGAGAAUGAUGUGAUGCUCAAAUGGAAAACAUUCACGACACAGAGUAGAAUCUCUGAUAAAGGUAUGGGCCUUAAAUACAUUGCGCCUGUAGUGUUGAAUGGAUCCCCUGUUGCAAAACUUGAUAAAGAAGAAGUGACCAAACUAUGUGAAAUAUGGAUUAAUUCUAUCAUAGUAUAUGUUAUUGGGCAACCGCCUAUAAUAACAACUAUGACGACAUAUAUUAGAUCCCAUUGGAAUAUGGCUGUUGAUCCCAAAAUAUUCAAACAUGAAGAGGGUUAUUUUGUAGUGAAACUGGAGUCUGGUGCUGAGAGAGAUGCCAUAUUGUUUGCUGGACCUUAUCUCUUCUGUGAAAAACCAAUCAUAGUUAAACAAUGGGUUCCUAGUUUUAACUUUCAUAAUGAAGUAUUGAGAAUCAUUCCACUUUGGGCCAAGUUGCCUAACCUGCCUUUACACUACUGGAGUAGUGAUUCCCUCAGUAGGAUUGGUAGUCUUUUAGGAAUACCUGUUUAUGCGGAUGAAUGUACCUCUAAGGCUUUACGAAAGCUUCCCACUGAGGUACAGAUUGAAGAGCCUAAUGGUGCUACUUUCAAACAGAAAGUGACUUAUGACUGGUUACCCCCUUAUUGCAAGAAAUGUCUCAAGGUUGGCCAUAAUUGUGACACCUUGGUGGGUAAACCUAAGAAUAUACCUAAACCUGUGCAGAAGUGGGUGCCAAAAGUUCAAGCAGUGGUUGAGAAAAGGAAAGUUACAGAACAAAAAGCUCCUACUGGUAAUCCUUCAGUGCUAGUAGAUCCUAGUGAUCCUAUUGUGAACACUGGUAAUCCUAGUAUUGUAGUAGAUCUAAGUAAUGAGAUCACACCUGUAACUACUCCUAAUAUACAUCAACCAACUACUAAAGAAAAUGCUGAGGAAGGAGCAUGGAAAGUGGUUACCAGGAAGUCUAAGGACAAAGGGAAACAUGCUACUUUCCAAGCUACCAAGGCUGUUUAUUUUCAUCAAAGUGGACAUAACUCAGGUGCUCCUGGGGGUGCUAAGGGACCUAGCCCUUAUUUGUCUUGA